CAAAAAAAAAAAAAAAAAAAAAGCCACAUCACAUUGUACACUUUAAACAUAAACAAUUUUUGCUUGUCAAUUAUAACUCAAUAAAGCUGGGGCAGGUAGGGGACAUGGCAGUACAAUAAAAACCCCUCACCUAUCUGCUUGCACAAAUGCAAGCAGAUUUCCAUCUGGGCAGCUUUUUUCAAACUUGGCAUUUGCAUCCUCACAAGAUUAUUUAACCCCUUAUGCUUAAAAAAAAACCCCAAAAAACCGAAACUACAGACUUCAUCAGUCUUUGCACUAAUGUCUUCUUGUUGAGGAAGGAUCUCCUUCAGGGUGGGACAAUGCGCUUAGCAGUCACAUCUCUGUGACCAUAAAGGCUGCUUCUCAUUUAUAACAGAAGAAAUGUUGCCAGCACAGCCGCUGUGUAGGCUUAAGCAAAUUGUUUUCACCCUGUGAGCCUCAGGCCCCUCUUCUAUAACAUGAAAAAACACCCUUGUUUGGGAAUAUCUAAUAAGAUGCUGACAUGAAAAGGCCUUAUGAACACAAAAAUGUGGCACACCUGUGUGUUCUCUCGGUGCUGCUGGGAGUGUGCAUUUGCUGAAUGUGUGUCAUCUACAAGCUGGUUAAGGAUGGAAAAUGCCUUCCCUCCUAACAUUCAGAAGGGAAUGAAAACCCUCUUUCCUCCUAGAAUACAGAGGAGGAAAGAACUUCAUCUUUACACCCAAGCCAAGACACCAGAGAUUCUUGACAUGUUCAGAUAUGACUUGGGGAUCAUAAAAUGUUCAGGAAACCCUGUGGGACUGACGUAGAGGUUUUUUUGCCUAUAAUUCGUGGGCACCCGGGGCCCAGCCACCCCAUCACCUAGGCCUCAGGCGCAGGUCUGAGGCCUCCAGGCCCACCAUCCCUCAGGCCUUGGGAGGUGGCUAUGAGAACACCCCCUUCAGUUAAACUGCACCCAGGAUGCCAGCCCACCCAGCUGUGAAAGCCCCUGGGAGGAGGGCUCAUCACGGGACAUCUCUGUGGAAGCUGGCAACUCAAGGGACACGUGACAUUUGCUUUCCUCAGGAAAUUGUGUCUGCUCCUUCUCUACCUGUACCCCUUUGAACAGACAGCAGCUCCAUGAAAGUUCUCUUUGCAGUGGAUUCCAGCCAGGAAUAGGCAAGGUCCAUGGCCAGCCAUUGCGUCCCGUGGCCUUCCAUGGUAUGAAGGACACCCUGGGCACAGUGCCUCCAGAAGCUCUGUUGUGCAAAUAUUCCACUGUCUUCAACAAAAACAUUGCAGGGAAAUAAGGAAUAACAGGGGUCCUGUGAAGGAGGCAGAAAAUCCAGCCUGAUGGCUAGCAGUGGUGUUUGGAGAUGCAGCGGAGCAGGCAGCAGUGAAGAGUGUCAGGAGGGCAGGUCGCUCCUGGAGGCUGUGGGGGCAUCGCUUCUCCCAGGUCCAGGAGGCACGCACAGCCAUCUUCUCUGCACCCUCCACUGCCCUGUCCAGGAGGGAGUGGGGCAUGUAUUGGAGCAUACAUGAUGCACACACACUUCUGCAUGGCUGAGGCAGCUCAGGGCCAAGCUCCUGGUGGGAGAGUGGGCUCUCCUUCCAGCCUUUCUUUUCUUCCUGGUGCUGUGGUCUGAAUGUGUGUCCUGAAGAUUCACACGUUGAAAUGCUCACCCCCAAGGUGACAGGAUUAGAACAUGAGCUUUUGGAGGUGAUCAGUCAUGAGAUAAGGCUGCAUAAUGGCAUGACCAUUACUCCAGAGACCCUUGCCCUCUUUCCGAUUGAGGACACAUGAGAGAUGUUGGCCAUUGCCUGGAAGAGCCUGGGGUACCCUGUGAGGACAUAGAGGCCUGGCACUGGAUCAGGGAUGGGGCGAAGCCUGGAGGCACAGAGCAGAUUCUGAGCACCCCCGUCUUCCCCACCCUCCCUCCUGCCACAGCCUGAGCUGUCCUCCUAGGCCCAGCUCCAGGCCCUGGCCGGCCGGCCCCUUCUUUGGCUCCCUGGUGCUGGCAGCUGGGACUCUGUUGGCAGCACACCUCAGGAUAGGUGCCCCCAGGUGCAGGGUGCAGGCUCCCUCCUCCCUCCAUGGAGGCCCCUGUGGGUAGAGCCUUGGCUCCUCCUCUGGACCUGGGCCCACCCUGGCACAGGGCUCCCACUGGGUGACCCUCUCUGGCUGCUCCUCCCCUGGUGGGGCCUGCCUAGUGCCCGGUCCACACUUCUUCCUGGCCAGGGCCGUGGGGACGGGGUCAGCCCUCUUGGGUAUGAAGCGGGGUGCCAUCAGCAUCUCUCUCCAGGGCUGGUCCCUCCCCCGGGGCAGGCUGAGUUCUCACAGGACACCCCGCUGCUCCCACGUAAGGAUGACUCUGAGACCCAGCUGAGGCCUCCAGGAGGGCCCCUGGUGGGCAGCGGCUUGCCACAGGCCUGGGCCUGGCCAAGCAGGGUGCACCAGGCUCCUGCCCCCAUCCCUCAACUGCCGGCCCUCAGGUGGGUGCUGGGUCCUUCUAGGGGGUGGUUCUGCGUCCCCUCUGGGGGCAGUACUGGGGCUGCCUCAAGAUCCAUCCUGGACUCCCCUUGGGAUGGUCCCUUGUCUCCCUCAGAGCCUUCCUGGGUCCCCCAGGCUCCUUCCUGGCCCACACUCCAGGAUGCUGGUUUGAGGUGAGGGGAGCAGGCCAGCUACAGCCCCUGGCCAGCAUCACUGCUGAGGACACAGGGUCCCCCCAUCCCUGGCUGUGGUCCCCAGCCUGCAUCACUGCUAAGGACAAGGGUACCCCUGUCCCUGGCUGUGGCCCCCGGCCUGCAUCACUGCUGAUGACACAGGCAACCCUGGCCUCCAUCCGUGCUGAGGACACAGGGUCCCCCCGUCCCUGGCUGUGGCUUCUGUCCCACAUCACCGCUGAGGACACAGGUGUUCCCUGUCCCUGGCCGUGGCCCCCGGCCUCCAUCGCUGCUGAGGACACGGGUGUGUUCCCCGUCCCUGGCUGUUGCCCCCCGGCUGGCAUCACUGCUGAGGACACGGGGUCCCGCAUCCCUGGCUGUGACCCCUGGCCUCCAUCAUUGCUGAGGACACAGGCGUUUGUCCCCCCUCCCUGGCUGUGGCCCCGAGCAUCUGCCCUUUGCCUCCCACAGGGCCGAGGGUGAAACUGAAUCCGGGAUGGUGACACCCGGGUUAUUUUGGAGCUGGGCUGGGCCAGCCUGGCCCGCACAGGGGGUGGGGUGGGGGCGGGCCCAGCCUUCUCCAACUGACAGUGUCUGCCUGUCCUUUUGUCCCCGUCCAGUUUGAGGAGCGGCUGGAGUGUGGGCUGCUGGUAGGUAGCCUGCUGGUCCUGGGCCCUCGGAGGGAGGUGAGACCCGGCAGCCCCUGCCUCCCAGCCAGCACCCCCGGCCUGUGUGCUGCCCAGAGCCCCCACAGGGAAAGAGUUGACCCUCGCUCAGAGAGCGGCCUGGGGGUCCGGCUGGCCCUGCCCCCAGCACUGCUGAGAUAGAUGCCCGCUGACAGCUGGGGCUAUUUUGGGCCUGUUGGCUCAGCAGAGGGGACAGCCAGAGGGGCGCUGACACCUGACUCCAGGAAAGAAUUUCCCCGGAGCGCUUGAAGCCUCCAGUGGGGUCUAAGGUCCCCGCUGCCACCCUCAUGGAUCAGUCACAGUUCAGCGGGGCGCCCCGCUUCCUCACGCGGCCCAAGGCCUUCGUGGUGUCGGUGGGCAAGGACGCCACCCUCAGCUGCCAGAUCGUGGGGAAUCCCACGCCACAGGUGAGCUGGGAGAAGGACCAGCAGCCGGUGGCGGCGGGCGCGCGCUUCCGUCUGGCCCAGGACGGCGACCUCUACCGCCUCACUAUCCUGGACCUGGCGCUGGGCGACAGUGGGCAAUACGUGUGCCGCGCGCGCAAUGCCAUAGGCGAGGCCUUCGCCGCUGUGGGCCUGCAGGUGGACGCGGAGGCCGCCUGCGCCGAGCAGGCGCCGCACUUCCUGCUGCGGCCCACGUCCAUCCACGUGCGCGAGGGCUCAGAGGCCACCUUCCGCUGCCGCGUGGGUGGCUCCCCGAAGCCGGCAGUGAGCUGGUCCAAGGACGGGCGGCGCCUGGGUGAGCCCGACGGCCCCCGCGUGCGCGUGGAGGAGCUCGGUGAGGCGAGUGCGCUGCGCAUUCGGGCGGCGCGGCCGCGCGACGGCGGCACUUAUGAGGUCCGCGCCGAGAACCCGCUGGGCGCCGCCAGCGCCGCCGCUGCGCUCGUGGUGGACUCAGACGCCGCGGACACUGCCAGCCCUCCCGGGACCUCCACUGCCGCGCUCUUGGCGCACCUGCAGCGGCGGCGCGAGGCCAUGCGCGUCGAGGGCGCCCCGGCCUCACCGCCCAGCACCGGCACGCGCACCUGCACUGUGACCGAAGGCAAGCACGCGCGCCUCAGCUGCUACGUGACCGGCGAGCCCAAGCCCGAGACGGUGUGGAAGAAGGACGGCCAGCUGGUGACCGAGGGCCGGCGUCACGUGGUGUACGAGGACGCGCAGGAGAACUUCGUGCUCAAGAUCCUCUUCUGCAAGCAGUCGGACCGCGGCCUCUACACCUGCACGGCGUCCAACCUCGUGGGCCAGACCUACAGCUCCGUGCUGGUCGUAGUGCGCGAACCCGCGGUUCCCUUCAAAAAGCGGCUGCAAGAUCUGGAGGUGCGGGAGAAGGAGUCGGCCACGUUCCUGUGCGAGGUGCCCCAGCCGUCCACUGAGGCCGCGUGGUUCAAGGAGGAGACGCGGUUGUGGGCGAGCGCCAAGUACGGUAUCGAAGAGGAGGGCACCGAGCGCCGCCUAACCGUGCGCAAUGUCUCGGCCGACGACGACGCGGUGUACAUCUGCGAAACGCAGGAGGGCAGCCGCACGGUGGCGGAGCUCGCAGUCCAAGGAAACCUCCUCCGAAAGCUCCCUCGGAAGACGGCGGUGCGCGUGGGCGACACGGCCAUGUUUUGCGUGGAGCUGGCGGUCCCGGUGGGCCCCGUCCGCUGGGUGCGGAACCAGGAGGAGGUGGUGACCGGGGGCCGCGUAGCCAUCUCCGCAGAGGGCACGCGCCACACACUGACUAUCUCCCAGUGCUGCCUGGAGGAUGUGGGCCAGGUGGUCUUUAUGGCUGGCGACUGCCGGACGUCCACUCAGUUCUGCGUGUCGGCCCCCAGGAAGCCUCCCCUGCAGCCCCCUGUGGAUCCUGUGGUGAAGGCCAAGACAGAGAGUUCCGUGAUCCUCAGCUGGUCCCCACCACCCCAUGGGGAGCGCCCUGUCACCAUUGACGGCUACCUGGUAGAGAAGAAGAAACUUGGCACCUACACAUGGACCAGGUGCCACGAUGCUGAAUGGGUGGCUACACCUGAGCUGACCGUGGCUGAUGUGGCUGAGGAGGGGGACUUCCAGUUCCGAGUGUCAGCUCUCAACAGCUUUGGUCAGAGUCCCUACCUGGAGUUCCCGGGGAAUGUCCACCUGGCUCCCCAGCUGGCCGUGAGGACACCACUGAAGGCAGUGCAGGCAGUGGAGGGUGGCGAGGUCACUUUCUCUGUGGACCUUACGGUGGCCUCAGCGGGUGAGUGGUUCCUGGAUGGGCAGGCCCUGAAGACCAGCAGUGUGUUUGAGAUCCGCUCGGAUGGCACCUGGCACAUGCUUACCAUCCGGGAGGUGCCUGCCAGCCUGCACGGGGCGCAGCUGAAGUUCGUGGCCAAUGGCAUUGAGAGCAGCAUCCGGAUGGAGGUCCGGGCGGCACCAGGGCUGACUGUCCACAAGCCGCCAGCCGCAGCUGCCCGGGAGGUGCUGGCUCGGCUGCACGAGGAGGCGCAGUUGCUGGCUGAGCUGUCAGAUCAGGCUGCGGCUGUGACGUGGCUGAAGGAUGGUCGCAUGCUGCCCCCAGGCCCCAAGUAUGAGGUGCAGGCAUCGGCCGGGAGGCGGGUGCUCCUUGUGCGAGAUGUGGCCCGGGAAGAUGCAGGCCUCUAUGAGUGCGUCAGCUGCGGGGGCCGCAUCGCCUACCAGCUGUCCGUGCAAGGCCUCCCAUGCUUUCUGCACAAGGACAUGGCAGGCAGCUGUGUGGAUGCCGUGGCUGGGGGCCCGGUGCAGUUUGAGUGUGAGACCUCCGAAGCCCAUGUCCACGUGCACUGGUACAAGGAUGGCAUGGAGCUGGGCCGCUCCGGUGAGCGCUUCUUGCAGGAGGAUGUGGGGACGCGGCACCGGCUGGUGGCAGCCACAGUCACCAGGCAGGAUGAGGGCAUCUACUCCUGCCGUGUGGGCGAGGACUCUGUGGACUUUCGGCUCCGCGUCUCUGAGCCCAAGGCGGUGUUUGCCAAGGAGCAGCUGGCUCGCAGGGAGAUUCAGGCCGAGGUGGGGGCCAGCGCCACGCUGAGCUGCGAGGUGGCCCAGGACCAGACGGAGGUGACGUGGUACAAGGAUGGGAAGAAGCUGAGCUCCAGCUCGAAAGUGCACGUGGAGGCUGUGGGCUGUACGCGGAGGCUGGUGGUGCAGCAGGCGGGCCAGGCAGACGCUGGGGAGUACAGCUGUGAGGCCAGGGGACAGAGGAUCUCUUUCUGCUUGGACGUUGCAGAGCCCAAGGUGGUGUUUGCCAAGGAGCAGCUGGCACACAGGAAGCUGCAGGCAGAGGCAGGAGCCAGUGCCACACUGAGCUGCAAGGUGGCCCAGGCCCAGACAGAAGUGAUGUGGUACAAGGAUGGGAAGAAGCUGAGCUCCAGCUCGAAAGUGCGCAUGGAGGCCACAGGCUGCACGCGAAAGCUGGUUGUGCAGCAGGCAGGCCAGGCGGAUGCCGGGGAGUACGUCUGUGAGGCUGGGGGCCAGCGGCUGUCCUUCCAUCUGGACGUCAAAGAGCCCAAGAUGAUGUUUGCAAAGGAGCAGUCAGUGCAUAAUGAGGUGUGGGCUGAGGCGGGGGCCAGUGCCAUAUUGAGCUGUGAGGUGGCCCAGGCGCAGAUGGAAGUGAAGUGGUACAAGGAUGGGAAGAAGCUGAGCUCUAGCUCAAAAGUGCGCAUGGAGGUCAAGGGCUGCACAAGGAGGCUGGUGGUACAGCAGGUGGGCAAAGCAGAUGCUGGGGAGUACAGCUGCGAAGCUGGGGGCCAGAGGGUCUCCUUUCAACUACACAUCACAGAGCCCAAGGCGGUGUUUGCCAAGGAGCAGUCAGUGCAUAAUGAGGUGCAGACUGAGGCAGGAGCCAGUGCCACACUGAGCUGUGAGGUGGUCCAGGCCCAGACGGAGGUGACAUGGUACAAGGACGGGAAGAAGCUGAGCUCCAGUUCGAAAGUGCGUGUAGAGGCCUCAGGCUGCAUGCGGCAGCUGGUGGUGCAGCAGGCAGUCCAGGCAGAUGCUGGGGAGUACAGCUGUGAGGCCGGGGACCAGCGGCUCUCCUUCCACCUGGAUGUUUCGGAGCCCAAGGUGGUGUUUGCAAAGGAGCAGCCAGCACACAGGGAGGUGCAGACCGAGGCGGGAGCCAGUGCCACGCUGAGCUGUGAGAUGGCCCAGGCCCAGACAGAGGUGACAUGGUACAAGGAUGGGAAGAAGCUGAGCUCCAGUUCAAAAGUGCGAAUGGAGGCCGUGGGCUACACACGGAGGCUGGUGGUGCAGCAGGCAGGCCAGGCGGACGCCGGGGAGUACAGCUGCGAGGCCGGGGGCAAGCAGCUCUCUUUCCGCCUGCAUGUGGCAGAGCCCAAGGCGGUGUUUGCCAAGGAGCAGCUGGUGCACAGGGAGGUGCAGGCCCAGGCGGGGGCCAGCGCCACGCUCAACUGCGAGGUGGCCCAGGCCCAGACGGAGGUGAUGUGGUACAAGGACGGGAAGAAGCUGAGCUCCAGCUCGAAAGUGCAUGUGGAGGCCGAGGGCUGCACACGGAGGCUGGUGGUGCAGCAGGCGGGUCAGGCAGACGCUGGGGAGUACAGCUGCGAGGCGGGGGGCCAGCGGCUCUCCUUCCGCCUGCACGUGGCAGAGCCCAAGGCAGUGUUUGCCAAGGAGCAGCCAGUGCGCAGAGAGGUGCAGGCCGAAUUGGGGACCAGUGCCACGCUGAGCUGCGAGAUGGCCCAGGCCCAGACAGAGGUGACGUGGUACAAGGACGGGAAGAAACUGAGCUCCAGCCCGAAAGUGCGAAUGGAGGCCGUGGGCUGCACACGGAGGCUGGUGGUACAGCAAGUGGGCCAGGCAGACGCUGGGGAGUACAGCUGCGAGGCCGGGGGUCAGCGGCUCUCCUUCGGCCUGCACGUGGCAGAGCCCAAGGUGGUGUUUGCCAAGGAGCAGCCGGCGCACAGGGAGCUGCAGGCUGAGGUGGGUGCCAGUGCCACGCUGAGCUGCGAGGUGGCCCAGGCCCAGACGGAGGUGACAUGGUACAAGGACAGGAAGAAGCUGAGCUCCAGCUCGAAAGUGCGUGUGGAGGCCGUGGGCUGCACACGGAGGCUGGUGGUGCAGCAGGUGGGCCAGACAGAGGCUGGGGAAUACAGCUGCGAGGCUGGGGGUCAGCGGCUCUCCUUCCGCCUACAUGUGACAGAGCCCAAGGUGGUGUUUGCCAAGGAGCAGCCGGCACACAGGGAGGUGCAGGCUGAGGCGGGGACCAGCACCAUGCUGAGCUGCGAGGUGGCCCAAGCCCAGACGGAGGUGAUGUGGUACAAGGACAGGAAGAAGCUGAGCUCUAGCUCAAAAGUGCGCGUGGAGGCCGUGGGCUGCACACGGAGGCUGGUGGUGCAGGAGGCAGGCCAGGCGGAUGCCGGGGAGUACAGCUGCGAGGCUGGGGGCCAGCGGCUCUCCUUCCACCUACAUGUGGCUGAGCCCAAGGUGGUGUUUGCCAAGGAGCAGCCGGCAUGCAGGGUGGUGCAGGCGGAGGCGGGGGCCAGUGCCACACUGAGCUGUGUGGUGGCCCAGGGCCAGAUGGAGGUGACGUGGUACAAGGAUGGGAAGAAGCUGAGCUCCAGCUCGAAAGUGCACGUGGAGGCCGAGGGCUGCACACGGAGGCUAGUGGUGCAGCAGGCGGGCCAGGCAGAUGCUGGGGAGUACAGCUGUGAGGCGGGGGGCCAGUGGCUCUCCUUCCACCUGCACGUGGCAGGGCCGGAGCCCCAAAUUUCAGAGAGACCCUGCCGCAGUGAGCCUCUGGUGGUCAAGGAGCAUGAAGACAUCGUCCUGACUGCCACGCUGGCCACACCCUCUGUGGCCACAGUGACCUGGCUUAAGGAUGGUGUGGAGAUUCGCCGCAGCAAGCGGCACGAGACAGCCAGCCAGGGGGACACCCACACCCUGACCGUGCAUGGCGCUCAGGUGCUGGACAGUGCCGUCUACAGCUGCCGUGUGGGCGCAGAGGGGCAGGACUUCCCAGUGCAGGUGGAAGAGGUGGCCGCCAAGUUCUGCCGGCCGCUGAAGCCUGUGUGCGGUGAGCUGGGCGGCACGGUAACACUGGCCUGUGAGCUGAGCUCAGCGUGUGCAGAGGUGGUGUGGCGCCGUGGCAGCACGCAGCUUCAGGUGGGCAAGCGCUUCCAGAUGGUGGCCGAGGGGCCUGUGCGCUUGCUCACUGUGUUGGAGCUGCGCGCGGAGGACGCGGGGGAGUACGUAUGCGAGAGCCGUGAUGACCACACCAGUGCGCAGCUCACUGUCAGUGUACCCCGAGUGGUGAAGUUUAUGUCCGGGCUGAGCGCCGUGGUCGCGGAGGAGGGCUGCGAGGCCACCUUCCAGUGUGUGGUGUCCCCCAGUGAUGCGGCAGUCGUGUGGUUCCGGGACGGUGCCCUGCUGCAGCCCAGCGAGAAGUUUGCCAUAUCACAGAGUGGCACCAGUCACAGCCUGACUAUCUCCGGCCUGGUGCUGGAGGACGCGGGCCAGAUCACUGUGGAGGCUGAGGGCGUCUCAUCCUCUGCUGUCCUGAGGGUCCGAGAGGCGCCCGUGCUGUUCAAAAAGAAGCUGGAGCCGCAGACGGUGGAGGAGCGGAGCUCGGUGACCCUGGAGGUGGAGCUGACGCGGCCGUGGCCGGAGCUGAGGUGGACACGGAACGCGGCGGCCCUGGCGCCAGGAAAGAACGUGGAGAUCCACGCCGAGGGCGCCCGCCACCGCCUGGUUCUGCACAACGUAGGUUUUGCCGACCGUGGCUUCUUUGGCUGCGAGACUCCAGAUGACAAGACACAGGCCAAACUCACCGUGGAGAUGCGCCAGGUACGGCUCAUCAGGGGCCUGCAGGCUGUGGAGGCACAGGAGCAGGGCACGGCUACCAUGGAGGUGCAGCUGUCGCAUGCGGACGUGGAGGGCAGCUGGACUCGCGAUGGUCUGCGGCUCCAGCAGGGGCCCACGUGCCACCUGGCUGUGCGGGGCCCCACACACACCCUCACGCUCUCUGGGCUGAGGCCAGAGGACAGUGGCCUUAUGGUCUUCAAGGCCGAAGGAGUGCACACGUCGGCACUGCUCGUGGUCACCGAGCUGCCUGUGAACUUCAGCCGCCCGCUGCAGGAUGUGGUGACCACCGAGAAGGAGAAGGUUACCCUGGAGUGUGAGCUGUCUCGUCCUAAUGUGGAUGUGCGCUGGCUAAAGGACGGUGUGGAGCUGCGGGCAGGCAAGACGGUGGGCAUUGCGGCCCAGGGCACCUGCAGGAGCCUCACCAUUUACCGGUGCGAGUUCGCGGAUCAGGGCAUGUAUGUGUGUGAUGCCCAUGACGCCCAGAGCUCUGCCUCUGUGAAGGUGCAAGGCCGCAACAUCCAGAUGGUGAGGUCACUGGAGGAUGUGGAAGUGAUGGAGAAGGACAGUGCCACCUUCUCCUGUGAGGUCUCCCACGACGAGGUGCCUGGCCAGUGGUUCCGGGAGGGCAGCAAACUGCGGCCCAGUGACAACGUGCGCAUCCGCCAGGAAGGAAGGACAUACACUCUCAUCUACCGGAGGGUCCUGGCGGAAGAUGCAGGAGAGAUCAAAUUUGUAGCUGAAAAUGCAGAAUCUCGAGCCCAGCUCCGAGUGAAGGAGCUGCCAGUGACCCUCGUGCGCCCUCUGCGGGACAAGAUUGCCAUGGAGAAGCACCGCGGUGUGUUGGAGUGUCAGGUGUCCCGGGCCAGCGCCCAGGUGCGGUGGUUCAAGGGCAGUCAGGAGCUGUGGCCCGGGCCCAAGUACGAGCUGGUCAGUGAUGGCCUCUACCGCAAGCUGAUCAUCAGUGACGUCCAGGCAGAGGACGAGGACACCUACACCUGCGACGCCGGCGAUGUCAAGACUAGUGCACAGUUCUUUGUGGAAGAGCAAUCCAUCACCAUUGUGCGGGGUCUGCAGGACGUGACGGUGAUGGAGCCUGCUCCUGCCUGGUUUGAGUGUGAGACCUCCAUCCCCUCAGUGCGGCCACCUAAGUGGCUCCUGGGGAAGACAGUGUUGCAGGCUGGGGGGAACGUGGGCCUGGAGCAGGAGGGCACAGUGCACCGGCUGAUGCUGCGGCGGACCUGCUCCACUAUGACCGGGCCCGUGCACUUCACCAUCGGCAAGUCUCGCUCCUCUGCCCGCCUGGUGGUCUCAGACAUCCCCGUAGUCCUCACACGGCCGUUGGAGCCCAAGACAGGGCGUGAGCUGCAGUCAGUGGUCCUGUCCUGCGACUUCCGGCCAGCCCCCAAGGCUGUGCAGUGGUACAAGGAUGACACACCCCUGUCUGCCUCUGAGAAGUUUAAGAUGAGCCUGGAGGGUCAGAUGGCCGAACUGCGCAUCCUCCGGCUCAUGCCUGCCGAUGCUGGUGUCUACCGGUGCCAGGCGGGCAGCGCCCACAGCAGUACUGAGGUCACUGUGGAAGCGCGGGAGGUGACAGUGACAGGGCUGCUGCAGGAUGCAGAGGCCAUGGAGGAGGGCCGGGCCAGCUUCUCCUGUGAGCUGUCCCAUGAGGACGAGGAGGUCGAGUGGUCGCUCAACGGGAUGCCCCUGUACAACGACAGCUUCCAUGAGAUCUCGCACAGGGGCCGGUGCCACACGCUGGUACUGAAGAGCGUCCGGCGUGCUGAUGCAGGCACAGUAUGCGCCUCCUCCCCCAAGGUGUCAACCUCUGCCCACCUGGAGGUCCGAGUGAAGCCGGUGGUGUUCUUGAAGGGGCUAGAUGACCUGUCCGCAGAGGAGCAUGGCACCCUGGCCCUGCAGUGUGAGGUCUCUGACCCCGAGGCCCAUGUGGUGUGGCGCAAAGAUGGCGUGCAGCUGGGCCCCAGCGACAAGUAUGACUUCCUGCACACGGCGGGCACGCGGGGGCUCGUGGUGCAUGACCUGAGCCCUGAGGACGCCGGCCUGUACACCUGCCACGUGGGCUCCGAGGAGACCCAGGCCCGGGUCAGCGUGCACGAUCUGCACGUGGGCAUCACCAAGAGGCUGAAGACAGUGGAGGUGCUGGAGGGGGAGAGCUGCAGCUUUGAGUGCGUCCUGUCCCAUGAGAGUGCCAGCGACCCAGCCAUGUGGACAGUCGGUGGGAAGACGGUGGGCAGCUCCAGCCGCUUCCAGGCCACACGUCAGGGCCGAAAAUACAUCCUAGUGGUCCGGGAGGCUGCGCCGAGUGAUGCUGGGGAGGUGGUCUUCUCUGUGCGGAGCCUCACCUCCAAGGCCUCACUCAUUGUCAAAGAGAGGCCGGCAACCAUCAUGAAGCCCCUGGAAGACCAGCGGGUGGCGCCAGGGGAGGACGUGGAGCUGCGCUGUGAGCUGUCACGGGCGGGCACGCCUGUGCGCUGGCUGAAGGAUGGGAAGGCCAUCCGCAAGAGCCAGAAGUACGAUGUGGUCUGUGAGGGCACGAUGGCUGUGUUGGUCAUCCGCGGGGCCUCGCUCAAGGACGUGGGCGAGUACACGUGUGAGGUGGAGGCUUCCAAGAGCACAGCCAGCCUCUGUGUGGAAGAAAAAGCAAACUGCUUCACAGAGGAGCUGACCAACCUGCAGGUGGAGGAGAAAGGCACAGCUGUAUUCACGUGCAAGACGGAGCACCCCGCGGCCACAGUGACCUGGCGCAAGGGCCUCUUGGAGCUACGGGCCUCAAGGAAGCACCAGCCCAGCCAGGACGGCCUGGCCCUGCAGCUCACCAUCAGUGCCCUGGAGAAGGCAGACAGCGACAUCUAUACCUGCGACAUCGGCCAAGCCCAGUCUCAGGCCCAGCUCCUCGUGCAAGGCCGGAGAGUGCACAUCAUCGAGGACCUGGAGGACGUGGAUGUGCAGGAGGGCUCCUCGGCCACCUUCCGUUGCCGGAUCUCCCCGGCCAACUACGAGCCUGUGCACUGGUUCCUGGAUAAGACACCCCUGCAUGCCAACGAGCUCAAUGAGAUCGAGGCCCAGCCUGGGGGCUACCACGUGCUGACCCUGCGGCAGCUGGCGCUCAAGGACUCGGGCACCAUCUACUUCGAGGCGGGUGACCAGAGGGCCUCAGCCGCCCUGCGGGUCACUGGUAAGCCAAGUGUCUUCUCCCGGGAGCUCACAGAUGCCACCAUCACAGAGGGUGAGGACUUGACCCUGGUGUGCGAGACCAGUGCCUGCGACAGCCCUGUGUGCUGGACCAAGGAUGGGAAGACCCUGCGGGGAUCUGCCCGGUAUCAGCUGAGCCACGAGGGCCACCGAGCCCAGUUGCUCAUCACUGGGGCCACCCUGCAGGACAGCGGACGCUACAAGUGUGAGACUGGGGGCGCCUGCAGCAGCUCCAUUGUCAGGGUGCACGCCCGGCCAGUGCGGUUCCAGGAGGCCCUGAAGGACCUGGAGGUGCGGGAGGGUGGUGCUGCCACACUGCGCUGUGUGCUGUCAUCUGUGGCUGCGCCCGUGGAAUGGCGCUGUGGAGACAAUGUCCUGAGGCCAGGUGACAAAUACAGCCUACGCCAGGAAGGUGCUGUGUUGGAGCUGGUGGUCCGCAACCUCCGGCCGCAGGACAGCGGGCGGUACUCAUGCUCCUUCGGGGACCAGACUACUUCUGCCACCCUCACGGUGACUGCCCUGCCUGCCCAGUUCAUUGGGAAACUGAGAAACAAGGAGGCCACAGAAGGGGCCACAGCCACGCUGCGGUGUGAGCUGAGCAAGGCGGCCCCCGUGGAGUGGAGAAAGGGGUCUGAGACCAUCAGAGAUGGGGACAGAUACUGCCUGAGGCAGGACGGGGCCAUGUGUGAGCUGCAGAUUCGUGGCCUGGCCAUGGUGGAUGCUGGGGAGUACUCAUGUGUGUGUGGAGAGGAAAGGACCUCAGCCUCACUCACUAUCAGGGCCAUGCCUGCCCACUUCAUAGGAAGACUGAGACACCAAGAGAGCACAGAAGGAGCCACAGCCACACUGCGGUGUGAGCUGAGCAAGGUGGCCCCCGUGGAGUGGAGGAAGGGCCGUGAGAGCCUCAGAGAUGGGGACAGACACAGACUGAGGCAGGAUGGGGCUGUGUGUGAGCUGCAGAUCUGUGGCCUGGCCGUAGCAGAUGCUGGGGAGUACUCCUGUGUGUGUGGGGAGGAGAGGACCUCUGCCACUCUCACCGUGAAGGCGCUACCCAUCAAGUUCACAGAGGGUCUGAGGAACGAAGAGGCCACAGAAGGGGCAACGGCCACACUGCGGUGUGAGCUGAGCAAGGUGGCCCCUGUGGAGUGGUGGAAGGGGCAUGAGACCCUCCGAGAUGGAGACAGACAUAGCCUGAUGCAGGACGGGGCCAGGUGUGAGCUGCAGAUCCGCGGCCUGGUGGCAGAGGAUGCUGGGGAGUACCUGUGCAUGUGCGGGAAGGAGAGGACCUCAGCCAUGCUCACCGUCAGGGCCCUGCCUUCCAAGUUCAUAGAGGGUCUGAGGAAUGAAGAGGCCACAGAAGGGGCCACGGCCAUACUGUGGUGUGAGCUGAGCAAGGUGGCCCCGGUGGAGUGGAGGAAGGGGCAUGACUGCCUCAGAGAUGGGGACAGACACAGCCUGAAGCAGGAUGGGUCCAGGUGUGAGCUGCAGAUCCGUGGCCUGGCUGUGGUGGAUGCCGGCGAGUACUCGUGUGUGUGUGGGCAGGAGAGGACCUCAGCCAUACUCACUGUCAGGGCCCUGCCUGCCAGAUUCAUAGAAGAUGUGAAAAACCAGGAGGCUAGAGAAGGGGCCACAGCCGUGCUGCAGUGUGAGCUGAGCAAGGCGGAUCCCGUGGAGUGGAGGAAGGGGUCUGAGACCCUGAGAGAUGGGGACAGAUACAGCCUGAGGCAGGACGGGACCAGAUGUGAGCUGCAGAUUCGUGGCCUGUCCGUGGCAGACACUGGGGAGUACUCGUGUGUGUGUGGGCAGGAGAGGACCUCGGCCACGCUCACCAUCAGGGCCCUGCCUGCACGAUUCACUCAAGAUCUGAAGACCAAGGAGGCCUCAGAAGGGGCCACAGCUACACUGCAGUGUGAGCUGAGCAAGGUGGCCCCUGUGGAAUGGAAGAAGGGUCCUGAGACCCUCAGAGAUGGGGGCAGGUACAGCCUGAAGCAGGAUGGGACGAAGUGUGAGCUGCAGAUCCAUGACCUGUCUGUGGCAGAUGCUGGGGAAUACUCAUGCAUAUGUGGACAAGAGAGGACCUCGGUCACGCUCACCAUCAGGGCCCUGCCCGCCAAGUUCACAGAGGGUCUGAGGAAUGAAGAGACCAUGGAAGGGGCCACAGCCACACUGCAAUGUGAGCUGAGCAAGGCAGCCCCUGUGGAGUGGAGGAAAGGCCUCGAGGCUCUCAGAGAUGGGGACAAAUACAGCCUGAGACAAGAAGGGGCUGUGUGUGAGCUGCAGAUUCAUGGCCUUGCUAUGGCAGAUACCGGGGUGUACUCCUGCGUGUGUGGGCAGGAGAGGACCUCAGCUACACUCACUGUCAGGGCCCUGCCUGCCAGAUUCAUAGAGGAUAUGAGAAGUCAGAAGGCCACAGAAGGGACUACAGUCACACUGCAAUGUAAGCUAGGAAAGGCGGCCCCCGUGGAGUGGAGAAAGGGGCCCAACACCCUCAGAGAUGGGGACAGAUACAGCCUGAAGCAGCAUGGGACCAGGUGUCAGCUGCAGAUUCAUGGCCUGGUCAUAGCAGAUGCUGGAGAAUACUCAUGCAUAUGUGAGCAGGAGAGGACCUCGGCCACGCUCACUGUCAGGGCCCUCCCGGCCAGAUUCAUAGAAGAUGUGAGAAAUCACGAAGCUACAGAAGGGGCCACGGCUGUGCUGCAGUGUGAGCUGAGCAAGGUGGCCCCUGUGGAGUGGCAGAAGGGGUCUGAGACCCUUAGAGAUGGGGACAGAUACAGUCUGAGGCAGGACGGAACGAGGUGUGAGCUGCAGAUUCGUGGCCUGGCUGUGGAGGAUACUGGAGAGUAUUUGUGUGUAUGCGGGCAGGAGAGGACCUCAGCUACACUCACCGUCAGGGCCCUGCCAGCCAGAUUCAUAGACAACAUGACAAACCAGGAGGCCAGAGAAGGGACCACAGCCACACUGCAGUGUGAACUGAACAAGGCGGCCCCUGUGGAGUGGAGGAAGGGACCUGAAACCCUCCAAGAUGGGGACAGACACAGCCUGAGGCAGGACGGGACCAGGUGUGAGCUACAGAUUCGUGGCCUGGCUGUGGCAGAUGCCGGGGAGUACUCGUGCAUUUGUGGGCAGGAGAGGACCUCAGCCACACUCACCAUCAGGGCCUUGCCUGCCAAGUUCACAAAGGGUCUGAAGAAUGAAGAGGCCACAGAAGGGGCCACAGCUAUGCUGCAAUGUGAGCUGAGCAAGGCGGCCCCUGUUGAGUGGAGGAAGGGACCUGAAACCCUCAGAGAUGGGGACAGAUAUAGCCUGAGGCAGGACGGGACCAGAUGUGAGCUGCAGAUUCAUGGCCUGUCCGUGGCAGACACUGGGGAGUACUCAUGUGUAUGUGGGCAGGAGAAGACGUCAGCCACUCUCAUUGUCAAGGCCCCACAGCCAGUGUUCCGGGAGCCGCUGCAGAGUCUGCAGGCAGAGGAGGGCUCCACAGCCACCCUGCAGUGUGAGCUGUCUGAGCCCACUGCUACAGUGGUCUGGAGCAAGGGUGGCCUGCAGCUGCGGGCCAAUGGGCGCCGGGAGCCACGACUUCAGGGCUGCACUGCGGAGCUGGUGUUACGGGGCCUACGACGUGAAGACACUGGAGAAUACACUUGCACCUGUGGCUCCCAGGCCACCAGCGCCACCCUCACUGUCACAGCUGCCCCUGUGCGGUUCCUCCAAGAGCUGCAGCCCCAGGAGGUGGAUGAGGGAGGCACAGCACACUUACGCUGUGAGCUGAGCCGGGCGGGUGCAAGCGUGGAGUGGCGCAAGGGCUCCCUGGAGCUCUUCCCUUGUGCCAAGUACCAGAUGGUGCAGGAUGGUGCAGCUGCGGAGCUGCUGGUACACGGAGUGGAGCAGGAGGAUGCGGGUGACUACACGUGCGACACAGGCCACACACACAGCAUGGCCAGCCUCUCUGUCCGUGUCCCCAGGCCCAAGUUCGAGACCCGGCUGCAGAGCCUGGAGCAGGAGACAGGUGACAUAGCCCGGCUGUGCUGUCAGCUGAGCGAUGCAGAGUCGGGUGCCACGGUGCAAUGGCUCAAGGAGGGUGUGGAGCUGCAUGCAGGCCCCAAGUACGAAAUGCGGAGCCAGGGGGCCAUGCGGGAGCUGCUGAUCCACCAACUGGAGGCCAAGGACACGGGCGAGUAUGCCUGCGUGACAGGUGGCCAGAAAACCACUGCCUCCCUCAGGGUCACAGAGCCUGAGGUGACCAUUGUGCGGGGGCUGGUUGAUGCAGAGGUGCUGGCCAAUGAGGAUGUUGAGUUCAGCUGCGAGGUGUCCAGGGCUGGAGCCACAGGCAUGCAGUGGUGCCUACAAGGCCUGCCACUGCAAAGCAAUGAGGUGACAGAAGUGACUGUGCAGGAUGGCCGCAUCCACACACUGCGACUGAAGGGUGUGACACCUGAGGAUGCUGGCACUGUCUCCUUCCAUUUGGGCAACUGUGCUUCCUCCGCCCAGCUCACCAUCAGAGCUCCUGAGGUGACCAUCCUGGAGCCCCUGCAGGACGUACAGCUCAGUGAGGGCCAGGAUGCCAGCUUCCAGUGCCGGCUAUCCAGAGCUUCAGGCCAGGAAGCCUGCUGGGCUUUAGGAGGGGUGCCCCUGCAGGACAACGAGAUGAAUGACAUCACUGUGGAGCAGGGCACACUCCACCUGCUUACCCUGCACAAGGUGACCCUUGAAGAUGCUGGAACUGUCAGUUUCCACGUGGGCACGUGUAGCUCUGAGGCCCAGCUGAAAGUCACAGAUCCCGUGGUGGAGGUGGUCAGUGCCAUGCAGGAUUUGGCCGUGGAGGAGGGUGGCUCGGCCGAGCUCCUCUGCCAGUACUCACGGCCCGUGCAGGCCACAUGGAAGAUGGACGAGCGGGAGGUGCGCACGGAUGGGCACCGUGUCAUCAUAGAGCAGGACUGGAACGUGGCCAGGCUGACCUUCAGGCCGGCCUUGCCCUGUGACAGUGGCAUCUAUUCUUGUGAGGCUGCGGGCACCCGCGUAGUGGCCCUGCUGCAAGUGCAAGCCAAGAACACAGUGGUGCGGGGGCUGGAGAACGUGGAGGCGCUGGAGGGCGGCGAGGCGCUGUUCGAGUGCCAGCUGUCCCAGCCUGAGGUGGCUGCCCACACCUGGCUGCUGGACGACGAACCUGUGCGCACCUCGGAGAACGCCGAGGUGGUCUACUUUGAGAAUGGCCUGCGCCACCUGCUGCUGCUCAAAAACUUGCGGCCGCAAGACAGCUGCCGGGUGACCUUCCUGGCUGGGGAUAUGGUGACGUCCGCGUUCCUCACGGUCCGAGGCUGGCGCCUGGAGAUCCUGGAGCCGCUGAAAAAUGCGGUGGUCCGGGCCGGUGCGCAGGCCCUCUUCACCUGCACGCUCAGCGAGGUGGUGCCCGUGGGAGAGGCGUCUUGGUACAUCAAUGGUGCCGCGGUGCAGCCGGAUGACGCCGACUGGACUGUCACCGCCGAUGGCAGUCACCACGCCCUACUGCUGCGCAGCGCCCAGCUCCUCCAUGCCGGGGAGGUCACCUUCGCUUGCCGCGACGCCGUGGCUUCUGCGCGACUCACCGUGCUGGGCCUCCCUGACCCCCCAGAGGAUGCUGAAGUGGUGGCUUGCAGCAGCCACACUGUGACACUGUCUUGGGCAGCUCCCAUGAGUGAUGGAGGCGGUGGUCUCUGUGGCUACCGCGUGGAGGUGAAGGAGGGGGCCAUGGGCCAGUGGCGGCUGUGCCACGAGCUGGUGCCUGGACCUGAGUGUGUGGUGGAUGGCCUGGCCCCCGGGGAGACCUACCGCUUCCGUGUGGCAGCUGUGGGCCCAGUGGGUGCUGGGGAACCGGUUCACCUGCCCCAGACUGUGCGGCUUGCAACGCCACCGAAGCCUGUGCCUCCCCAGCCCUCUGCCCCUGAGAGCCGGCAGGUGGCAGCUGGUGAGGAUGUCUGUCUGGAGCUUGAGGUGGCAGCUGAGGCUGGCGAGGUCAUCUGGCACAAGGGAAAGGAGCGCAUCCAGCCCAGUGGGCGGUUCGAGGUGGUCUCCCAGGGUCGGCAACAGAUGCUGGUGAUCAGGGGCUUCACGGCAGAAGACCAGGGCGAGUACCACUGUGGCCCAGCCCAGGGCUCCACCUGCCCCGCGGCUGCCACCUUCCAGGUGGCGCUGAGCCCAGCCUCUGUGGAUGAGGCCCCUCCUCAGCCCAGCCUGCCCCUUGAGGCAGCCCAGGAGGGCGACCUGCACCAACUAUGGGAGGCCCUGGCUCGGAAACGUCGCAUGAGCCGUGAGCCCACGCUAGACUCCAUUAGCGAGCUGCCUGAGGAGGAUGGCCGCUCACAGCACCUGCCACAGGAGGCAGAGGAGGUGGCACCUGAUCUCUCCGAAGGCUACUCAACGGCUGAUGAGCUGGCACGCACUGGAGAGGCUGACCUCUCACACACCAGCUCUGAUGAUGAGUCCCGGGCAGGCACCCCUUCCCUGGUCACUUACCUCAAGAAGGCUGGGAGGCAAGGCACCUCACCACUGACCAGCAAGGUUGGGGCCCCAGCAGCCCCCUCUGUGAAGCCACAGCAGCAGCAGGAGCCGCUGGCUGCUGUGCGCCCACCGCUGGGAGACCUGAGCACCAAAGACCUGGGUGAUCCCUCAAUGGACAAGGCAGCUGUGAAGAUCCAGGCCGCCUUUAAGGGCUACAAGGUCCGGAAGGAGAUGAAGCAGCAGGAAGGGCCUAUGUUCUCCCACACAUUUGGGGACACCGAGGCACAGGUAGGGGAUGCCCUGCGGCUGGAGUGUGUUGUGGCCAGCAAGGCAGAUGUGCGAGCCUGCUGGCUGAAGGAUGGUGUGGAGCUGACCGACGGGCGGCACCAUCACAUCGACCAGCUUGGGGAUGGCACCUGUUCUCUGCUGAUCACUGGCCUGGGCCAUGCUGAUGCUGGCCACUACACCUGUCAGGUGAGCAACAAGUUUGGCCAGGUGGCCCACAGUGCCUGCGUGGUGGUCAGUGGGACAGAGAGUGAGGCCGAGAGCUCCUCUGGGGGUGAGCUGGACGAUGCCUUCCGCCGGGCUGCCCGGCGGCUGCACCGGCUCUUCCGCACCAAAAGCCCGGCUGAGGUUUCAGACGAGGAGCUCUUCCUGAGUGCAGAUGAGGGCCCUGCAGAGCCAGAGGAGCCUGCGGACUGGCAGACAUACCACGAAGAUGAGCAUUUCAUUUGCAUCCGUUUUGAGGCACUCACUGAGGCCCGCCAGGCGGUAACUCGCUUCCAGGAGAUGUUUGCCACACUGGGCAUCGGGGUGCAGAUCAACCUGGUGGAGGAGGGGCCUCGGAGGGUAGAGAUGCGCAUCAGCAAAGAGGCCCCCGCCCCUGUGGUGCCUCCAGAGCCAUUGCCCAGCCUACUGACUUCUGAUGCUGCCCCGGUGUUCCUGACCGAGUUGCAGAACCAAGAAGUGCAGGAUGGGUAUCCUGUGAGCUUUGACUGUGUCGUGAGAGGUCAGCCCAUGCCUAGUGUGCGUUGGUUCAAGGAUGGGAAGUUGUUGGAGGAGGAUGACCACUACAUGAUUAAUGAAGACCAACAGGGUGGCCAUCAGCUCAUCAUCACAGCCGUGGUGCCAGCAGACAUGGGUGUCUACCGCUGCCUGGCUGAGAACAGCGUGGGUGUCUCCUCCACCAAGGCUGAGCUCCGUGUGGACUUGACAAGCACAGACUAUGACACUGCAGCGGAUGCCACGGAGACCUCAUCCUACUUCAGUGCCCAAGGCUACUUGUCCAGCCGGGAGCAGGAGGGAACAGAGUCCACCACUGAUGAGGGCCAGCUGCCCCAGGUGGUGGAGGAACUGAGAGACCUCCAGGUGGCCCCUGGCACACGCCUGGCCAAGUUCCAGCUCAAGGUGAAAGGCUACCCUGCUCCCAGAUUAUACUGGUUCAAAGAUGGCCAGCCCCUGACCGCAUCUGCCCACAUCCACAUGACUGACAAAAAGACCCUGCACACCCUGGAGAUCAUCUCAGUCACUCGGGAGGACUCUGGCCAGUAUGCGGCCUACAUCAGCAAUGCCAUGGGUGCCGCCUACUCAUCUGCCCGGCUGCUGGUCCGAGGCCCUGAUGAGCCAGAAGAGAAGCCUGCAUCAGAUGUGCAUGAGCAGCUGGUGCCACCCCGAAUGCUGGAGAGGUUCACCCCCAAGAAAGUGAAGAAAGGCUCCAGCAUCACCUUCUCCGUGAAGGUAGAAGGACGCCCGGCGCCCACCGUGCACUGGCUCAGGGAGGAGGCUGAGAGGGGUGUGCUGUGGAUUGGCCCUGACACGCCAGGCUACACCAUGGCCAGCUCUGCACAGCAGCACAGCCUGGUCCUGCUGGACGUGGGCCGGCAGCACCAGGGCACCUACACGUGCAUCGCCAGCAACGCUGCCGGCCAGGCCCUCUGCUCCGCCAGCCUGCGUGUCUCGGGCCUGUCUAAGGUGGAGGAGCAGGAGAAAGUGAAGGAAGCACUGAUUUCCACUUUCCUGCAGGGGACCACACAAGCCGUCUCAGCACAGGGGUUGGAAACUGCGAGUUUUGCCGACCUUGGUGGGCAGAGGAAAGGAGAGCCUCUGGCUGCCAAGGAGGCCCUCAGACACCUCUCCCUUGCUGAGGUGGGCACAGAGGAGUUCCUGCAGAAACUGACCUCCCAGAUCACCGAGAUGGUAUCGGCCAAGAUCACGCAGGCCAAGCUGCAGGUGCCUGGAGGUGACAGCGAUGAUGACUCCAAGACACCAUCUGCAUCCCCCCGCCAUGGCCGAUCACGGCCAUCCUCCAGCAUCCAGGAGUCUUCUUCAGAGUCAGAGGACGGCGACGCCCGAGGCGAGAUCUUUGACAUCUACGUGGUCACCGCCGAUUACCUGCCCCUGGGGGCUGAGCAGGAUGCCAUCGCACUGCGGGAAGGCCAGUACGUGGAGGUCCUGGAUGCAGCCCACCCACUGCGCUGGCUCGUCCGCACCAAGCCCACCAAGUCCAGCCCCUCACGGCAGGGCUGGGUGUCACCAGCCUACCUGGACAGGAGGCUCAAGCUGUCACCUGAGUGGGGGGCUGCUGAGGCCCCUGAGUUCCCCGGGGAGGCCGUGUCUGAAGAUGAAUACAAGUCAAGGCUGAGCUCUGUGAUCCAGGAGCUGCUGAGUUCUGAGCAGGCCUUCGUGGAGGAGCUGCAGUUCCUGCAGAGCCACCACCUGCAGCACCUGGAGCGCUGCCCCCACGUGCCCGCAGCUGUGGCCAGCCAGAAGGCAGUCAUCUUCCGCAAUGUGCGGGACAUCGGCCUCUUUCACAGCAGCAGCUUCCUGCAGGAGCUGCAGCAAUGCGACACAGACGACGACGUGGCCAUGUGCUUCAUCAAGAACCAGGCAGCCUUUGAGCAGUACUUGGAGUUCCUGGUGGGGCGCGUGCAGGCUGAGUCGGUGGUCGUCAGCACGGCCAUCCAGGAGUUCUACAAGAAAUAUGCGGAGGAGGCCCUGUCAGCAGGGGACCCCUCUCAGCCCCCACCGCCACCUCUGCAGCACUACCUGGAGCAGCCGGUUGAGCGGGUGCAGCGAUACCAGGGCUUGCUGAAGGAGCUGAUCCGCAACAAGGCGCGGAACAGACAGAACUGCGCGCUGCUGGAGCAGGCCUACGCCGUGGUGUCUGCCCUGCCGCAGCGUGCCGAGAACAAGCUGCACGUGUCCCUCAUGGAGAAGUACCCGGGCACCCUGGAGGCCCUGGGCGAGCCCAUCCGCCAGGGCCACUUCAUCGUGUGGGAGGGUGCACCAGGGGCCCGAAUGCCCUGGAAGGGCCACAACCGUCACGUGUUCCUCUUCCGCAACCACCUGGUAAUCUGCAAGCCCCGGCGAGACUCCCGCACCGAUACCUUCAGCUACGUGUUCCGGAACAUGAUGAAGCUGAGCAGCAUCGACCUGAAUGACCAGGUGGAGGGGGAUGACCGUGCCUUUGAGGUGUGGCAGGAGCGGGAGGACUCGGUGCGCAAGUACCUGCUGCAGGCACGGACAGCCAUUAUCAAGAACUCGUGGGUGAAGGAGAUCUGUGGCAUCCAGCAGCGUCUGGCCCUGCCUGUGUGGCGGCCCCCGGACUUUGAAGAGGAGCUGGCUGACUGCACAGCGGAGCUCGGUGAGACAGUCAAGCUGGCCUGCCGCGUGACAGGCACACCCAAGCCUGUCAUCAGCUGGUACAAAGAUGGGAAACAAGUGCAGGUGGACCCCCACCACAUCCUCAUUGAAGACCCUGAUGGCUCAUGUGCCCUCAUCCUGGACAGCCUGACCAGUGUAGACUCGGGCCAGUACAUGUGCUUCGCGGCCAGCGCCGCUGGCAACUGCAGUACCCUGGGCAAGAUCCUGGUGCAAGUCCCACCACGGUUCAUGAACCAGGUCCGAGCCUCGCCCUUUGUGGAGGGAGAGGAUGCCCAGUUCACCUGCACCAUCGAAGGCGCCCCAUACCCGCAGAUCAGGUGGUACAAGGACGGGGCCCUGCUGACCCCUGGCAGCAAGUUCCAGACACUGAGUGAGCCUCGCAGCGGCCUGCUAGUGCUGGUAAUCCGGGCGGCUGGCAAGGAGGACCUGGGGCUCUACGAGUGUGAGCUGGUGAACCGGCUGGGCUCCACACGAGCUAGUGCAGAGCUGCACAUUCAGAGCCCCACGCUGCAGGCCCGGGAGCAGUGCCACAGGGAGCAGCUCGCAGGGGCAGUGGAAGACACCACCUUGGAGCGAGUGGACCAGAUCACAUCCGUCCUGGAGAGACUGCUGGGCCCCAGGGUGCCAGGCCCCUUCACAGGGGACCUCACUGGCCCCAGCCCCUGCCCCGGGGGGGCACCUGCACUCCAGGAAACCGGCUCCCAACCUCCAGUCACCGGAUCUUCGGAGGCACCCGCAGCCGUGCCCCAGAGGGUGCCACAGCCCCUCCUCCACGAAGGCCCAGAGCAGGAGCCAGAGGCCAUUGCCAGAGCCCAGGAAUGGACUGUGCCCAUUCGGAUGGAGGGUGCAGCCAGGCCUGGGGCAGGCACAGGGGAGCUGCUCUGGGACGUCCAUAGCCACGUGGUCACGGAGACCACACAGAGGACCUACACAUACCAGGCCAUCGACACACACACCGCAAGGCCCCCAUCCAUGCAGGUAACCAUCGAGGAUGUGCAGGCACAGACAGGCACAAUGGCCCAAUUCGAGGCUGUCAUUGAGGGCGACCCACAGCCCUCGGUGACCUGGUACAAGGACAGCGUCCAGCUGGUGGACAGCACCCGGCUUAGCCAGCAGCAAGAAGGCACCACAUACUCCCUAGUGCUGAGGCAUGUGGCCUCGAAGGAUGCCGGUGUUUACACCUGCCUGGCCCAAAACGCUGGUGGCCAGGUGCUCUGCAAGGCAGAGCUGUUGGUGCUUGGCGGUGAGUUGGUCGACCCCUCCUGGGCCCAGGCUCUGCAGCUGGGCUGGCCAGGGGACAAUGAGCCGGACUCAGAGAAGCAAAGCCACCGGAGAAAGCUGCACUCCUUCUAUGAGGUCAAGGAGGAGAUUGGAAGGGGUGUGUUUGGCUUCGUGAAAAGAGUGCAGCACAAAGGAAACAAGAUCUUGUGUGCUGCCAAGUUCAUCCCCCUACGGAGCAGAACUCGGGCCCAGGCAUACAGGGAGCGAGACAUCCUGGCCACGCUGAGCCACCCGCUGGUCACGGGGCUGCUGGACCAGUUUGAGACCCGCAAGACCCUCAUCCUCAUCCUGGAGCUGUGCUCAUCCGAGGAGCUGCUGGACCGCCUGUUCAGGAAGGGUGUGGUGACAGAGGCCGAGGUCAAGGUCUACAUCCAGCAGCUGGUGGAGGGGCUGCACUACCUGCACAGCCACGGCAUUCUCCACCUGGACAUAAAGCCCUCUAACAUCCUGAUGGUGCAUCCUGCCCGGGAAGACAUUAAAAUCUGCGACUUCGGCUUUGCCCAGAACAUCACCCCAGCAGAGCUGCAGUUCAGCCAGUACGGCUCCCCUGAGUUCGUCUCCCCCGAAAUCAUCCAGCAGAACCCUGUGAGCGAGGCCUCCGACAUCUGGGCCAUGGGUGUCAUCUCCUACCUCAGCCUGACCUGCUCAUCCCCAUUUGCUGGCGAGAGUGACCGUGCCACCCUCCUAAACAUCCUGGAGGGUCGCGUGUCAUGGAGCAGCCCCAUGGCUGCCCACCUCAGUGAAGACGCCAAAGACUUCAUCAAGGCUACGCUGCAGAGAGCCUCUCAGGCCCGGCCUAGUGCAGCCCAGUGCCUCUCCCACCCCUGGUUCCUGAAAUCCAUGCCUGCGGAGGAGGCCCACUUCAUCAACACCAAGCAGCUCAAGUUCCUCCUGGCCCGAAGUCGCUGGCAGCGUUCCCUGAUGAGCUACAAGUCCAUCCUGGUGAUGCGCUCCAUCCCUGAGCUGCUGCGGGGCCCUCCUGACAGCCCCUCCCUCGGUGUGGCCCGGCACCUCUGCAGGGACACUGGUGGCUCCUCCAGUUCCUCCUCCUCCUCUGACAAUGAGCUUGCCCCAUUCGCCCGGGCUAAGUCACUGCCACCCUCCCCGGUUACACACUCGCCACUGCUGCACCCCCGGGGCUUCCUGCGGCCCUCGGCCAGCCUGCCUGAGGAGGCCGAGGCCACUGUGCCCUCUGCCGAGGCCUCAGCUCUGCCUGCAUCUCCUGAGGGUGCUGGGCCACCGGCCGCCCAGGGCUGUGUGCCCCGGCACAGCGUCAUCCGCAGCCUGUUCUACCAGCAGGCGGGUGAGAGCCCUGAGCAUGGGGCCCUGGCCCCGGGGAGCAGGCGGCACCCAGCCCGGCGGCGGCACCUGCUGAAAGGCGGGUACAUUGCGGGGGCGCUGCCUGGCCUGCGCGAGCCACUGAUGGAGCACUGCAUGCUGGAGGAGGAGGCUGCCAGGGAGGAGCAGGCCACCCUCCUGACCAAAGCCCCCUCCUUCGAGACCGCCCUCCGGCUGCCUGCUUCUGGCACCCACUUGGCCCCUGGCCGCAGCCGCUCCCUGGACACAGAACAUGACCCUCCGAGCACCCAACGCUGCUCCCCAGAGGCCUGCUGUGAGGCACAGCGACUGCCUUCAGCCCCGUCCGGCGGAGCUCCUAUGAGGGACAUGGGGCACCCUCAGGGCUACAAGCAGCUUCCAUCCACUGGUGACCCCCCAGGCACUGCUCAGCCAGAGAGUCCAUCCCUGGACCACCCUUGGGGGCAGCCAGCCCCCUUCUGUCAUGCCAAGCAGGGUUCUGCCCCCCAGGAGGGCUGCAGCCCCCACUCAGCAGUUGCCCCAUGCCCUCCUGGCUCCUUCCCUCUAGGAUCUUGCAAAGAGGCCCCCUUAGUACCCUCAAGCCCCUUCUUGGGACAGCCCCAGGUACCCCCUGCCCCUGCCAAAGCAAGCCCCCCGCUAGACUCUAAGAUGGGGCCUGGAGACAUCUCUCUUCCUGGGAGGCCAAAACCUGGCCCCUGCAGUUCCCCAGGGUCAGCCUCCCAGGCGAGCUCUUCCCAAGUGAGCUCCCUCAGGGUGGGCUCCUCCCGGGUGGGCACAGAGCCUGGCCCCUCCCUCGAUGCUGAGGGCUGGUCCCAGGAGGCUGAGGAUCUGUCCGACUCCACACCCACCCUGCAGCGGCCUCAGGAACAGGUGACCACGCGGAAGUUCUCCCUGGGGUGUCGCGGGGGCUACGCAGGUGUGGCUGGCUAUGGCACCUUUGCCUUUGGUGGAGAUGCGGGGGGCAUGCUGGGGCAGGGACCCAUGUGGGCCAGGAUAGCCUGGGCUGUGUCCCAGUCCUCAGAGGAGCAGGAGGAGGCCAGGGCUGAGAGCCCACUGCCCCAGAUCAGUGCAAGGCCUGUGCCUGAGGUCAGCAGGGCUCCCUCUGGGAGCUCUCCAGAGCCCGCCCCAUGGGAGGACGUCGGGCAGGUCUCCCUGGUGCAGAUCCGGGACCUGUCAGGUGAUGCAGAGGCGGCUGACACAAUAUCCCUGGACAUUUCCGAGGUGGACCCUGCCUACCUCAACCUCUCGGACCUGUACGACAUCAAGUACCUCCCAUUCGAGUUUAUGAUCUUCAGGAAAGUCCCCAAGCCCGCUCAGCCAGAGCCACCCUCCCCCAUGGCUGAGGAGGAGCUGGCCGAGUUCUCGGAGCCCAUGUGGCCCUGGCAAGGUGAAAUGGGCCCCCACGCAGGCCUGGAGAUCACAGAGGAGCCAGAAGACAUGGAUGCGCUGUUGGCGGAGGCUGCCGUGGGCAGGAAGUGCAAGUGGUCCUCACCGUCACGCAGCCUCUUCCACUUCCCUGGGAGGCACCUGCCACUGGAUGAGCCCAUGGAGCUGGGGCUGCGUGAGAGAGUGAAGGCCUCCGUGGAGCACAUCUCCCGGAUCCUGAAGGGCAGGCCGGAAGGUCUGGAGAAGGAGAGGCCCCCCAGGAAGAAGCCAGGCCUUGCUUCCUUCCGGCCGUCAGGUCUGAAGAGCUGGGACCGAGCGCCGACAUUCCUAAGGGAGCUCUCAGAUGAGACUGUGGUCCUGGGCCAGUCAGUGACACUGGCCUGCCAGGUGUCAGCCCAGCCAGCUGCCCAGGCCACCUGGAGCAAAGAUGGAGCCCCCCUGGAGAGCAGCAGCCGUGUCCUCAUCUCCACCACCCUCAAGAACUUCCAGCUUCUGACCAUCCUGGUGGUGGCAGCUGAGGACCUGGGUGUGUACACCUGCAGCGCCAGCAAUGCGCUGGGGACAGUGACCACCACGGGUGUCCUCCGGAAGGCAGAGCGCCCCUCAUCCUCGCCAUGCCCGGAUAUUGGGGAGGUGUACGCGGAUGGGGUGCUGCUGGUCUGGAAGCCCGUGGAAUCCUAUGGCCCUGUGACCUACAUUGUGCAGUGCAGCCUAGAAGGUGGCAGUUGGACCACACUGGCCUCCGACAUCUUUGACUGCUGCUACCUGACCAGCAAGCUCUCCCGGGGCGGCACCUACACCUUCCGCACGGCAUGUGUCAGCAAGGCAGGAAUGGGCCCCUACAGCAGCCCCUCGGAGCAAGUCCUCCUGGGAGGGCCCAGCCACCUGGCCUCUGAGGAGGAGAGCCAGGGGUGGCCAGCCCAACCCCUGCCCAGCACAAAGACCUUCGCAUUCCAGACACAGAUCCGGAGGGGCCGCUUCAGUGUGGUGCGGCAGUGCUGGGAGAAGGCCAGCAGGCGGGCGCUGGCGGCCAAGAUCAUCCCCUACCGCCCCAAGGACAAGACGGCAGUGCUGCGUGAAUACGAGGCCCUCAAGGGCCUGCGCCACCCGCACCUGGCCCAGUUGCAUGCAGCCUACCUCAGCCCCCGGCACCUGGUGCUCAUCUUGGAGCUGUGCUCUGGGCCCGAGCUGCUCCCCUGCCUGGCUGAGAGGGCCUCCUACUCAGAAUCGGAGGUGAAGGACUACCUGUGGCAAAUGCUGAGCGCCACCCAAUACCUGCACGCCCAGCACAUCCUGCACCUGGACCUGAGGUCUGAGAACAUGAUUAUCACCGAAUACAACCUGCUCAAGGUCGUGGACCUGGGCAAUGCACAGAGCCUCAGCCAGGAGAAGGUGCUGCCCUCAGAGAAGUUCAAGGACUACCUAGAGACCAUGGCUCCAGAGCUCCUGGAGGGCCAGGGGGCUCUUCCGCAGACAGACAUCUGGGCCAUCGGUGUGACAGCCUUCAUCAUGCUGAGCGCCGAGUACCCGGUGAGCAGCGAGGGUGCACGCGACCUGCAGAGAGGACUGCGCAAGGGGCUGAUCCGGCUGAGCCGCUGCUACUCGGGGCUGUCCGGGGGCGCCGUGGCCUUCCUGCGCAGCACUCUGUGCGCCCAGCCCUGGGGCCGGCCCUGCGCGUCCAGCUGCCUGCAGUGCCCGUGGCUGACAGAGCAGGGCCCGGCGUGUUCGCGGCCCGCGCCCGUGACCUUCCCUACCGCGCGACUGCGCGUCUUCGUGCGCGAUCGCGAGAAGAGACGGGCGCUGCUGUACAAGAGGCACAACCUGGCCCAGGUGCGCUGAGGGUCGCUCGGGGCCGCACCUCUCGGUCUCCCCGCUGUGGCUCGCUGCAGACGCGCCAAUAAAAACGCACAGCCGGGCGAGAAGUC